GGUAGUUGGGAUUAGGCCAUUUGGAAAUGUAUUUCAGUUUCUAAUAACUGAUUUUCCACAUUUUAUAGAGUGCAUGCUAUCAAUUGUUUUGUGUUUUCAGUUUGGAAAUCUAAACGCAUGCACGUAGCUGUUAUUUCGUGUACAAUUUUCUGUAGACUUUGUUUAAAUAUUCGCCGAUCGUGUGAGUAAGUGUCCGUUUAUUUUGUUUAGAAAUGACAGGUUUUAUAAUGUGACAAUAGGAAAUUAUUUAAAACAUCAAAAUUGGAUGGAACAUUUUUACAUUUACACAUAUUCGGCUUGCUACUGUUGAGGUUUAAGUUAAAGUUAAUUGGUCAUGCCUUCAUUCAUGAAAUAGGCAAAAAAAUAAAUAAAAAAUACUUAUAUGAAAUGGUAAAAAGCACGCUAAAAAUGGGAAUGCACAAUAUAUUAAUUCCUUGAGUUAACUAACGAUAAUUAUUGACUUGAAUCAAGUAAAAAAAAAUAAGAAAAAGUCAAGAAUGAUGGGUUUCAUUUUUGUAGGAAUAAAUAUUAAUUGGUAACAAAAUACAUUGGACAAAGUAUUGUUUGCGGACACGUUGAUGCUAAACAAGAUUAUUGAUCGACUUGGCCGUAGAUGCAAGCCAUGCGUUAACCAAAUACCCGCCUUGACGUCAUAGCCUGACGCGGGCGAAGAGAGUACGCAAAUUAUACCCCAGCUAGCUAGCUGUCUACUGUCAGCUGAAGACGGCAGUGAGAGAGCGUACUGUGCACUACAUGUAGUGUGUACACGCCACACGUACGCAGGCACGCGACCGGCUCGUGCCGAUGAAAAUGAAAAAAAAAACUACGCUGUGUAGAAAAUAGCAUCGUAUAGUCCUGUAUCGCAGAUUUUUUAUUCAGCUAGACUGUGGGGUGACCUCCCGUGCCCAUCCCACUGUACACAUCCCGACCUGCAUCAGCUGAAAAACAUCUACCGCCAUAACGUCGUGAACGCAUCCCGUGCGUACAAGAAGAAACCGCCGACAUCUCAUCCGCUUGUCACAUUUAGAAGAGGAGGAUUAGGUCCUAUUUCCAACAUCUGCUAUACAGCGGGCAAGUGAAAUCGGCUAGUAUUUUAGCUUGACGAUAUGUGAGUGAAAUAGAGCAUUGACCAAGGUUGGUGUGUCUUUUACCUAACAUGGAGGCAGUGAUGUCUUAAGAGGAACUGUAUUUUUUUGUACGUGGAGUAAAGCAACUGUAGUGGGGCCUAGUGGAGGGAUUCGUGUAAACGCAUCACGACGGGAAACAUACACAUUACUGUGGUGAAUUCCCAUCGUCUCUGAUUCAUAAUAAGGUCGCCUACGCGUAUAUUAUACGGCGUUUUUUUGCAUGGUGUGGAUAUUUAUGAGCUGGAACCGCGCUGGUAGAUCGAUCAUCGGUAAUGACAAGAGGAAUGUCAGUCCGUUACUUACCACGACGAUGAUGAUGAGGGUGAUGAUGAUUUAGUCUGGCAGCCAGAGCUAUGGAAAGACUGCUGUCUAUGCCCGCAGACCAGACCCGCAGUAUUCGAGGAUAAUAAUGAACGCUAUCUCGGUGACUAACCCCGAUAACAACAACCUCAGCACAACGACCAGCGGCAAGAUAGGAGGCGAGAUCAGCAGUCGAAUUGCGGCCGAGCAGGCCGGCUUGAAAGCCGGGGCUACCAAGGCGGGUGUGGUGGGAACAACCACGGACUCGGGAACUGCGACAAAUCUGGACAAUAACCGCCGAGGAUCUGGCAACAAUCCCAAGAUGGACUCCUCAGAAAUUGGUAAGGUGGUGGAAGGGAGUGAGACGGCACCUAAGAAGACUCUUAUCAAUGGAAAGGCAAAGAGGCCUUCCUUCAGCCGGAUGAUGAACGCAAAAAGCCUGAGCGAACUGAUGCAAGAUGAACACUUCUUGAAGAAACUCUUUGCCUGUUUUACUUCCUUUGAGAAAUGCGUCCUGGCCCAGGUGUGUCACAAGUGGAAGGAUAUCCUCUACCAUCCUCAAUACUGGAAGCACAUCAUCCCCAUAAUUCAUAAGAGGGACCUCUAUGAUGAAGCGGAGGAUGGCCACAAGUCUUUCACCUCUCUUGUCAGCUUCGAGCAGCGGGGCUUCGAGUCCGUCUGCCUUGUCAGUGUCUCAGACCUGGACAUCUGCGAGUUCAUUGACCACUGCCCCAAGACUAAGAAGACUCUGAAGGCGGUCAGUCUGAAGCGCUCCACGGUCACAGACGCCGGUUUGGAGGUGAUGUUGGAGCAGCUAGGAUCUGUGGAAUCUCUAGAGCUGAGCGGCUGUAACGAUUUCACCGAGGCUGGCUUAUGGUCUAGUCUCCAGCCCCGUAUCGUCUCGCUCAGCAUCAGUGACUGUAUCAGUGUGGCGGAUGAGAGUGUCGCAGCCGUAGCCCAACGUCUGCCCAACCUUAGAGAACUCAAUCUCCAGGCCUACCACGUCACUGACAGCCUACUUGCUUACUUCCCGGCUAGACCCAACAGCAGCAUGGCUAUGCUGCGUCUGAAAUCCUGCUGGGAGCUGACCAACCAUGCUGUGGUCAACAUCGUUCAGUGCCUGCCUCAGCUGAGCGUCUUGAGUCUCUCUGGAUGCAGUAAGAUCACGGAUGAGGCGGUGGAGCUGAUUGCUGAAAAUAUGAGCCAGCUGAAAUCCCUGGAUCUAUCCUGGUGCCCAAGAAUUACCGAUUCCGCGCUGGAAUACGUGGCCUGUGAUCUUCCCAAGUUAGAGGAACUGGUGCUUGACAGAUGCGUUCGGAUAACCGACACCGGUAUCGGCUUCCUGUCUACAAUGAACUGUAUGAGGGCGCUCUAUCUACGAUGGUGUUGCCAAGUGCAGGAUUUCGGCCUGCAGCAUCUGUAUAAUAUGAAGAGUCUGGCCAUCCUGUCCGUUGCAGGCUGUCCUUUGCUGACUGCCGCGGGACUCUCUGGCCUCGCACAACUCAAGAAUCUGGAGGAACUGGAGCUGACCAAUUGUCCUGGCUCCUCACCUGAGCUUCUACAGUAUUUCAGCCUCAAUCUCUCCAAGUGUACUAUCGUCCACUGAUUAUGGGUGUGGCUUAUGGGAUUUGUGGGCGGAGACAGUGGUUGGGCGUGGCUAACUCAACUGUCUUGGCUCCAUCCCUGAGCUACUACAGUAGUUCAGCCCCAAUCUCUCCAAGUGUACUAUUGUCCAAUAAUGUGGGUGGGGCCAAAAGAGUGAUGGGCGGGGACAGAGGGUGGGCGUUGCUUACGAAUUGUCCCGACUCAUCGCCUGAGCUUCUACAGCAUUUCGAAUUUCAGCUUCAAUUUCUCCAAGCGUAUACUGUUAUUCAUUAAUGGGCUGAUGAAACUUGAGGGCGGAGACAGAGAGGAAGGGUAGGCGUAGCUUGCCCAACUGCCCAGAUCCUAAAUGGAGCUUCUAUACAGUAUUUCAACCCAAAUCUCUUUAAGUGUGCUGGUCCAUUGAUAUUUGUUGGCCGGGCAACAGGGAGUGGUAGGCGGGGACCGAAAAUAGAAGUGUGGCCAUAGACACUUGAAGAAUUGAUUGGCGAGUGUGACAAUCUUACCCACGACCGUCAGUUUUGCUCUAGAGUAUUUUAAACCAAACAGAUCUAAAUGCCCUGCUGUGUUCUGAUAUGGGUUGCAGGGAGUGGUGGAAAGGGAAAGUGCAUGGGCGUGGCGGGGUACUUGUGUAAAUAGGCCUUAGUUUACAUUACCAGACUGAACUUGUUAUGUGUGCUAUUUGUAACGGGCGGGAAAAAAACUGUUGACGAAGAAGUACACGUGGGCAGUAUACAAAAUGGCGUCUGGCAUAGGUGUAAUAAUUUUUAAGCAAUUUUUAUUUGAGAUGUGGAGGUAUUAUGUUUCAGCUAAAGAGCAGCUGCACUGGGUUGAGAUUCACACUUUAUGUGGUAUACUUAUAGCGUGUGAGACGGUGUUAAAUAUUGGCUCUUAUAGUGACCCUUUAGGCCUAUGUCUGUCUGUGAAGUUUUAACUUUUAAGAUCAAAUUGGAUCAAGCCAACAAGCUAGUCGUAGACAUUCAAACUUAAGAAUGUGUACAUGUAAGAUCGACUUUUCAAAUUGAUAUUACACAUUUUAGUUUCUGUUCCAAUCACGGUGUUUUCCGACUUCUACUAGUUCGAAACAACGCGGUAAGCUGCCUGUCCAAACCUCUUGUCUUAAACCUCUGUACUUCUUUGCUUCUAAGGUUUUAAAACAAUUAUGUAUUAUGAAGGGAGCUAGAAUACAGGGAGCAAGUGAGCUAGAAUACAGAGGAGCUAGACUAGAGAUGAGCAACAGGACACCAAAGGAAUUCAGUUAUCCGAAGACGUAUGCCGAGUUCUAAAUAUAUACAUCACUAUUAGAGAAAGACAAGUUUGUUUCUCGAGGCCAUCAAUAUCUAAUAAUUAUGUGCUUGGUGUUGUGUAAAGCUGUUCCCUCCGUGACUAAAGUUUUACGAUCGGUAGAGUUAGAUGUCGUUAGAUUUCACCUGGGUGUCAAGACGAUAAAUAUCGAUUUAUUUCUGAUUUAUUGAUGAGCACCUGAUGUACUUAAUUAAGAGGCUCUAAUUUAAGAUGGUUGUCUUGCUGUCGAUUGGUUUAAAUUUAAGGAUGUAGACACGAGAAAGAUCGCAUUUAUUGUAAAUAAUAAGUGAUCACGCUUAAGUGACCUUUGUUAAAUAUUUCGCAAGAACAGGACAGAAUAGUGUACAAAACAAACUGCAAUGAAAAUGUGAUGUAAAAAGGAAUGUGAUAAAAGCAAAUGGAUGUUUUAUUGAAAGUUGGACCAAAUUCAAUUCAGUCGAUUCGCAAUUCUCAGCUUGAUACACACUGCAAUCGGUAGCUUACUGCACCAUGCUGUAGACUGUGUUUAGAUCAAUUGGUUUGUGCCAAGAGUGGAAAUUUUAACGACAUGAUUUUGGCGUAGAAUCGAAAUUAUCCAGUAAUCUAGUAAAGGCUUGCGGGGAAAAAAAUAUGGCAGGAUCACUAGAAAAAUCAAAGUAGCCUAACACAUUAGAUGACCGUGUUCGUCCGAUUAACACUUGGUUGUUUAGGUGAUGAAAAAAAGCUUUGUUGGAAACUUAUUCACGUAUGCGGAUAUUAUUUUAAACGAAUUAUGUGCAAAAGGCCUUGUUAUGAAUUACAUUAAAUAUUGAAAAGGCUGGUCCUUAUUACUAGCUUUACAGCUGUGUUGUAGAAUUUGUCUCUGGAAAUAAUUGGACAGAGCUGGACUUAAUUGAUAGAUUGUUUAUCAUAAUACGUAUUAUCUAAUGUAAGUUUGCAGGUAUUUUGUUGAGGAAAUGACAAAUAUUUGUUGUUGUCAGCUAUGUACAUAGUAAUGACUAGAUUUAAUUGAAAAUUUGUAUGGGGAAAUGUUGUCUGCUAAAAUUGAGAAAUAUGUUAUUCAGAAAGGUUAUGAUUUAUAAAGAUUGGAAUAUUUUAUUUAUUUAAAGGAGAGGUCCAUAAAAGGAUUGUUAGAGUGGGUUUUUAUGUGCAAAGGCAGUUCCGUGUGAACAGUAUGUAAAUUUGUUUUAACGUCAGUUACUUUUGAAAAAGGGUUUGGUAUACGUAAUUUAUUUUACUUUUGAUGGCACAGAGUUUUGUUAAUUUUUUUAAAAAUGUCUUUCUUGUUUUUUUUUUUAAAUGAUGGCACAUACAAGUUGUAAUUUAUAUGAAACAUAACCUUUUUAUUGAAAAAAGCAACCCACAUCUCAACAUUACUAAUGACACAGCAAUCAAACACAACAAGGUAUUCUCACCACUUCUCGCAUACAUAAAGAACAUGGAAAUGAACUUCAAGCAAUUCAUCAUUGUACUAUACUUUUGGUGAAAAGAGCGCGAUACUUUUUUGAAUUCUUUGAACACCGAAAAUUUCAGCGGAAAUGUAAUAGUUUUCCAAGUUUUUUUUGUCGUGGUAAUGUUUGUUCGUUUAUUGUGACACGUUAAUUAAAAUGCAUGUAACUGGUAAUCUAAUAUGGGUGCUGAAACGAUAUCCUUUCCUUCUUUCCUUCAUGAAAAAUUAAUUUCAGCUUCAUAAAUGGGACCGAAAACCAACCAACGAGGCAGACAAUGUACACAUGCCUUUUAUUUACAUCAAGUGCUACAUAAGCCUACAAUCCAUACACUCAUAAAUCGUCUGCCUAUGCAUAUUCAUUAUUUUACGCACUCAUUGAAAUGCCACACGGCAUGAAUUGUAAAGGCCUGUUGGCAUUAAUGUAUUUAAUUGACAUAUAAAAUUUCAUUGUACAUAGAAAAUAAUCGGUGAUGAAAAAUUAUUUAUAAGAAUUGAAAAAUGUAAAAGACUUGUGAUAAAUUAAAUGUGAUAAAUUAUUGUAUUGUCAUGGAUACUGCAGUAAAACGUGCGCAAAAUGUUAUGAAUAUUCAUAAGCAAAGACCGUGUAUCAGUGUUACUGCAAGGCCUACGUUAUAAACGCUUAUCCAGUGUAGCCAAUACAGCUACACCUAAUGGGAAAACUACAGGGUAGUCGGAAAAAAAACAUGCUGAUCCAGGGUAGCAGAAAAGCGAACACGGUCCAGGGUAGCGUUCCAGGGUACUCAAAAUUCGCCCCAGGGUAACCAAAAAAGAAGAAGAAGAAGAAGAA